AGGGGCGGGGAAGUCGCGUUCGUCCCCGUGUCCGGUGCUCCGCAGGUGGGGAGUCGGCUGUGAGCGGCGCGGCCGCAUCCCCUCGCCGCCAGCCCCUUCACACACACCCGGCCCUGCCUUGCCAGGUGGCCGGCCCGGAGUUCUUGUGUGCUUGGUGAAAAUAAGCCUACGCUGCAGGGAUGCAAGAGGAACAACAGCCUGAGGCUGCUGCAGAUCCAAUGUCCUCCUCUGAUGCACCAGAAGAUGGCCCAAAGGAAACGUCAAGUGUAUCGCAGAAUAUCUCUGAUGCAGAUGCAUUUAAAAUUCUUCUGGAGGUGAAGAUGAAGAAAAGGCAGAAAAAGCCUACUUUACCAAGCACUGUGACUGAGCUUGACACCGAGGAUGGAUCUAAAGUAUAUGUGGUUGGAACAGCCCACUUCAGUGACAGCAGCAAAAAGGAUGUAGUGAAGACAAUACAAGAAGUGCAGCCUGAUGUAGUUGUGGUGGAACUAUGCCAGUACAGAGUUUCCAUGUUAAAGAUGGAUGAAAAGACAUUACUAAAAGAAGCCAAAGAAAUAAAUCUGGAAAAACUUCAACAAGCUAUAAAGCAGAAUGGAGUCAUGUCUGGAUUGAUGCAAAUGCUGCUUCUGAAGGUUUCUGCUCACAUCACAGAACAGCUGGGAAUGGCCCCAGGAGGAGAAUUCAGGGAAGCUUUCAAAGAGGCCAGUAAAGUACCUUUUUGUAAAUUCCACCUUGGAGACCGACCCAUCCCUGUUACAUUUAAGAGAGCAAUUGCUGCACUUUCUUUCUGGCAAAAAGUCAAGCUUGCCUGGGGCCUUUGCUUCUUAUCUGACCCAAUCAGUAAAGAUGAUGUGGAGAAAUGCAAACAGAAGGAUUUACUGGAGCAGAUGAUGGCAGAAAUGAUUGGAGAAUUUCCUGAUCUUCAUCGAACGAUUGUCUCUGAACGAGAUAUUUACUUGACCUACAUGCUGAAGCAAGCAGCAAAGCAGAUAGAACUACCUCGAGCUUCAGAAACUGAACCUAGAAAAUAUAUCCCAGCUGUUGUAGUUGGUGUUGUUGGGAUGGGUCACGUACCUGGAAUUGAAAAGAACUGGAACUCUGACUUAAACAUUCAGGAAAUAAUGAGUGUGCCUCCUCCAUCAGCUUCAAGUAAGAUUUUCAAAUUUGUCAUAAAAGCAACAGUUUUUGGACUGAUGGGAUACGGCUGCUACCGAAUAGGUCAAAGGACAGUUCAGUUUAUUCUCUCGAUGCCAGCAGCACAGAGCUAUCUUCAGAAGCUGACAGAAGUAAGGUCUCAGCAUUGAACAUCAAGUGGAGGCACUAUGUGAAGAAGGUGGCUGAAAAAGGGUGAUAGAGGCAACAAAUGUGAACUGGACUGAAAGAAGAGGGAGAUGAAGAUUCGAGUCAGAGAUCAUUGAUGCUGAGCAAUGCUGAAUCACUGUAUACUAAAAAAAUUGAUACUAAAGUUACACCAGCUAUGAUCUAAUGAGUAGGUUUGCUGGUAAGUGUGUUGCAUGAAACCACGUGAUUCCAGAUUGAGGUAAAAGAAAUAUGUACACAAAUAUAUAUAUUAUAUAUAUGCAUACUGUAUAUAUAAUAUAUAUCGCUGAUGAUGUAGUACAGACAGCUUAAAGAGUGUAUGUUCAUGACCUUUUCCAGAGGAACAGAACAACACAAAGUAACCUAAUUGGCUGCAUUUGCUCUGAAGUUCAGGGACACUUGUCUUGAGUGAUCUUUGCUUUUUUUCCUUAGGUAUAAUAAUACCUAGUGGUCAUUUCUGGUGCCAGACACUUUUACACAUAAUUUAGAAGGACAUCUUCUCAAUGUGUGUUUUAUACUUAAAACAUUUAGGCUUUUUUUUAAACUUAAGAGCUUUCCAAAAAUUUCAGAAUUGUACAGGCUGUCAUAUGUACACUGCUCAAAUUUUUUACAAGCCUUACUGAAGAACAGGAACGUUGCCUUUAGAUUGCAUCCCUUGUCGUCACCACCAGUUGAAUUGUCUUUCUCCUGCAUAGAGAAGGUAUAGCCACGCCAUCAGAACGCAAUGUGGUUUGUGUCGGAUGUUUACAGGACACUCUGUUCCUUUAGAUUAGCUUAUUUAAACUGUAUUAUUUAGCCAAACCCUGCUGGAUUCAGUAUUGUAAAUUUAAGAGACUAGAACUACUGUACAAUUUACUUUUGUUUCUCGGACUUUUCAUUAUUGGGACAAGAAGUCUGGAAUUGAUAGUACCUGCCCCUCAUUUUUGAUACAUGAAAAUAUUUUAUUUAUCAAUGUAAUUUUCUCAGUGGAUGAAUAUUUUAAUCUAUUUAAUAGAAAAGCAGUGUUCAAUUUAGUUUUUCAAACUAGCUGUAGCAUUUUGUUUGGGUUACCUGCUAUUUAUACGUAGAAUUAUGGGUACUUCAAACUGCUGUGAUUUUUUUCUUUCUUGAUUUUCCAGGACAGCCAUCCAUCAUCAGUCUUUUUUUAAUCCUAGGUUUGUAUUUCAUAGGAAUUUUUUUGGUACCCUGUAUUGAGGAUUGUCAAUGAUUGUGAAGUGCCCUCUGCAAUCAGCUAGUCCCAGUUCAACAACACAAAUAACUGCAAUUGUCAUAUCAAAGUUUUAACCUGAUGUAUUUGAAUGGCAGAGUCCCGUUUGCUCCUCAGGCUCACAUACCGUUGCUCAUGGCUUAAAGUGAAGUUUUUAUCUGUAUUAAUUUCUUUUGGAAAUGGAAGACAGGAACCAGUGUGUGAGGCAGGAGGAGGAAAAAGUGAUGUUGCGUUUUGUUUCUUUGUUGUUUUCAGUCAGUUCAAUAAAAUCAACAAACCACUUUUAGUAGGGUGUAUUUCCAAAGCCUUGUGUUGGAAAUCGUCCCACAUGGUCUUUUGUUUGCUGAAAGUACGUACACGUAUCUUCUGUGCAGUGUUUUUUUUUUUUCAAGCUUUUUUAAUGAAAUUAAGGGUCUAACGCUUUUCUCUGUGACGGCAUUGACUUGCUGGGAGCUGGUCUGUCCAUGCAACCUGAUGCUUUUCUGCCUUGCACUUCGAAAAUUUUAUGAGUCCCAGUGCAGCAAAUCAUUUAAGUGCAUGUUUCUCUUGAAACCUAUUAAACCUAACCUGAUCCUGCAGAGCUCUUAAGACGAUGCUAGGUGCUUGCCUGGAUCUGGGCUGUACAGUUGUGCAGGCAAUAAACCUUAGCAAGUGAGAAUGGCAGCAAUUCACACUUCUUGGACACAAAGUCUAAAUGAUAAUACAGAAUACAGUGGAGGCAGGUCCUUUUAUUUUCCGUCUAUCAGUGCUUAAGAAAUCACCAGCCAUCUCUAGCAAGAGGAAAAGCAGCAUUUGUAAACAAUUUAUAGAAGACUAGAGUGACUGCCUGGAUUUUGAUUCCUGAUUUUUUUUAAAGGUUUAAUGUAUUGUUUACAAUUAAGCAGUCCUAUUUGAAUAAUUCUAUUACAUUUUAUGUACAUUUUUAAAAGAUGAAAGCAAAAGCUUAAGCUCAUUCUUCUCGUGGCUUUACUGACCUACCAAAAUAAUGUUUUGUUGGUUGGGUUUUUUUGAGAAUUUUUAGCUGGUAGAAUUCAAUAUAUUGAUGUUUUGCUUUAAGUUAUCUACAGAUUUUUAAGGUAUCUGCAGAUAUUUUAAAAGCGCUGUAGAUCUUCGAUAUCUGUGCUCAGGUGAUUUUACACAAAGGAAAACAAAUCUAAGGUAAAUUUUAGAUAUGAGCCUUAAACUUGGGUGGGACUAAUGCUAAAUGAUUGUCAUGGAGCAUUCUUGCAGACUUAAUGUUUUAUGCUUUUUAGCCAGAAGUGAUUACCAUGUAAGUUGUCGGUUCAUUAUUCAGUUAUUCUCUCCAGUUAAUACCUUCAGUCUACUUUUUCACACUCUUUUUAUAAAGCAUAUCAGCAGAUUCUUCAAGGAGCCUGUUUGUAGAAGGAAAAUUUGCAAUUUAUCUUCCCAGUAUUGCAAACCGGCAGAUCAUAUGCAUGCACUGUUUAUUCAGUGGCACUGGAAAGCCUGAUGAAUUUGCCGAACUAACAAUCCUAUGAAUCCAUACACGAAUGCUCAAUGUUGUAUAUUCGAUGUGUUGUACUGUUUAUGUAACAUAAUCAGUGUUUUAGGUCCAUUCUUUUCUGUUCUAGUCAGUCCUUUCAGUGUUAACAGCAUCCUGUAAAAUUUAAAUAUAUGUUGAAUUGUCCCAGCCCCGCCUCAACCUUAUGAAGCCAUAUUGUAUUUUUUUGGUGACAUGUACAUCUGUUUUAUGCAUUUGUACAUGUGAUGUAAAUUUGAAGUAUUUUUAACAAUGUGUGCCUUUAAAGUGAUUUAAAGUAAACAGCAGUAUGUUCUAUGAUAUAAAAAAUAAAAUAUUUUAACCACCAUUUCUCGAAGGCAUUUGUUUUCCUUAUUAAUUCAGUAUUUUUGAGAACAAACACUGCUUAGCUAGAUCUAGUACAUGAUAAUUUCACCAUCUAACACAUUUUUCUGAACAAGAAUGUCAGUUGGAGUAACUACCUCCCACUGAGAGGCAGCUGAGUGUCAUGCUGAAGUAGGGAAACUAGUUUACCUACCUACCGUAUGGAAUCAGUUAAGAGGAAAGGAUGAGUUUCCCUGCCGUACUGAACAUAUGCAGGGAGACUGACUUCUCAACCUGAGUACCUAAAUUCAGAGUCAUUUUUGUUGUUGCUUUUCUUCUAACAUCUCUGCAGUGCUCGGUUGUGCAAGGAAUCGAUGGCCUUA